AUGGCAGGUAUUGUCCAUCGCUACCACCGUGUUGGUGGAAGAGGAUACCGUCAAAGGGUGUAUGUUGAGCGUGCACAACCACUGGAGCAAUACACCACUGAAGAACUGUAUGCUCGCUUUCGCUUUGGGAAUGCUGAUAUUAAGUACAUUGCAGACCUUGUCAGGCCAAAACUUCAACGGAGAACCCGAAGGAGCCACAGUCUGUCUGUGGAAGAACAGGUCCUCAUUGCUCUGCGCUUCUAUGCAUCUGGGACUUUCUACCAAGUUGUUGGUGACAAUAUAGGAGUGGACAAAUCAACUGUGAGUGAUGUAGUGAAAGCUGUGUCAAUUGCAUUGGCCAUCCUGGUCAAUCAGUUUGUUUCACUUCCAAAGGAUGUCCAGAUUGCCCAGACCAAGCACAAGUUUUUUCUUUUGGGGAAUAUGCCCAAUACUAUUGGGGUUAUUGACUGCACUCAUGUGCAUAUCCAAGCACCUCAUGAGAGGGAUUGGGAGUACAUCAACCGAAAGGGGAGGCGCAGCAUCAACAUCCAACUUGUGGGCGAUGCUGACCUCAUCAUCACAAACUGUGUCGUGAAGUGGCCUGGGUCUGUUCAUGAUGCACGCAUCCUGAGAGAGAGUGCUUUAUACAGAGAGCUCCAAACCAACCGACCGGAUGGCAUAAUAUUAGGAGACAGUGCCUAUCCACUCCUACCAUGGCUGAUGACUCCUUUUCUUGCAGCAACCACACCUGCGCAGGCACGCUUCAACACUGCUCAUUGCAAAACAAGAUGUGCAAUUGAGCGUUUAAAUGGAGUUCUGAAGAGACGCUUUACAUAA